CUUAAAUGAUCUCAUGGCGCCACUAGUCACGUGCUUCUUAACCUAACCUAAUGUCCUUUGUCCUCAAUAUUCAGUCUCGAAUCAAAUUAAUAACAAUGGCCGUCGUAGUUGGUUGUCAUUUAAAGGCAUACACGGAUUAUGUGAUGGUGAAAAACGUGUGGCAAGUGGCAAUCACUACUGGUCAGUCCGAGUAAUUAUUCGGCAAAUGAAAUCAACGUGACGUGUACUGCAGUAAAGGAUGAUUUUCUAGUGGGUGGUUGUAUCGUAGUGUCAACUAGUGAGCACGGAUGACCAGCUGACAAUGUUUUGUCAUUAGCAUAUAUUAGUGUUUAGCGGGUGAUCGCGGUAAAUCGAGAAUGUUUAAAGCUGAGGAGUCGUCCAGGGACAGCUUCCUUCAGCAAACGAAGGCCGCUAGAGAAGAAAGGGCACAUGAGAAAGACAGAGAAGCUGCUGUCACCCUGAUUCAGGCUUAUGUUAGAGGAUGGUUAACUCGUAAAAAAAUAUUAGAAGAAUUUGAUACAAAUUUUUUCAAUGAUGGUGGUACAGAAACAAAUAUAGAAUUAAAACCUGCUUUGUACAUGUAUAAAAUUAUUUCCAAAUUUUUGUAUGUAUACAAAAAAGAAAGGGAUCAAGGAAGAAUAGAAAAGUUAUGUAGAUAUUUAGUAUUGACUCUUGAUUCAGAGUCACCAGAAACAUCAUAUGUAGGUCUUUUAUUAAAUAAAGCUCAUUACAUAUCAUGGAUAUCACAAAUGAAAACAAUAUUACUUUAUUGUUUAACUGGUUUAGAGAAUCUUAAACCAGAAAGAAUAACUGAUCAUAAAUCCAUCCAUCUGAGAUUACAUACAUUAGUUAGUUUUACAUCACCAGGAACAUGGGCAAUUCAAAAAGUAGAAGGAAUGGAGAAGCUCAAAGCUGGUAUGAAUCAGCUUUGUGCAAAUAUGAUGGGUCACCUAGUCAACAAUGGAUUCUAUCCUAUUAUGCAGGCUUUUCUGGUAAAAGGAUUAGGUAGAGUGGAAAUUGCUCUAAAACCAAUUGCACUUUCAGCAGCUGUUACUUUGGCAUUAAGACCAUUAAUUUCCUCUCAGAUGUCAGAUAAAUUGGUGUCAUUAUUUUUAAUUAAUAUUUUUAGUGUACCUGCAUUGGUCUAUCAUCUGAAUAAUAUAUCCUCUGUGUGUAUAUCAUCAUUUAUUAACUACAACUUAUUUGCACGAAGCCUUGAGUUACUAAAUUUAGAACAAAACCUGAGGAUAGUCUUUAAUGCCCUAGAGGGUAGCUAUGCGCUGUGUUUGCUAGCCAAUUUGAUACAAUUGGCUAACAUUGAAAGGAUUGAAGUAUUGAAAGAGUUAUAUUUUCCUUCUUUUACGUUUGUAGUUACAAAAAUGUUGGAAUCAUGCCAACAGUAUGUGGUUGCGAAACAAAGUAAUUUAACACAUUGGCAUCCUAUUCUUGGAUGGCUUGCACAAAAAGUUGAUGCCUCUUUGCAAGAACCUAUUCCAUAUGUAAAAUCACAAUUAGCAUGUCUGUGGACAGGAGGGAUAGUGACACAAUUAAUUGGUCAACCAUUAACUGAACUUAUUGAAAAGGAAAUACCUCCACCAGUAGAACAACAAAGCUCAUCUGUUGGAACCAACAUUUUUCGAAGAGCGUUUUUAGAAACUCGUACAAAUAGAAAUAAUAAUACUAAGAAUUAUAGGAAAUUGGGUAGCCCAGAAACUACUAGAAUAGCAUUAAUUUGUUCCCUUUAUCAAUUUGCUUUACAUACACUUACACAGAUGAAGAUGGAAAUAUUAACUGGAUUGUGCUACCAGGAUAAAAUUCUGUAUCAUAUGUAUUUAUUUCUGGGAACACUGGGUCCACAUUGCGGUUUAAAAGCAUUUUUAGAUCAUUUAGCUGCUAAUACAAAAUGUACAGCCCCUGAAUUUCAAAUGUUGAUAUUAUUUUCGGAUUGCAUGACACAUUAUGUGACAAUUUUAGAUGAUAUGGAAAUGUAUGAACAACAAGAUCCAUUUAAACUCAAUGAUUUUGUAACAAUAUCAUAUUUUUUAAAUCAAUUUUUGUACAAGGCAGUUCUUAAUAAUCUGUUUGUUUUAGAUGUUCCAGACGUGAAAUCGGUUCCUAAUAAUCCUCUGUUCACUUCUCUUCACACACUUUUAAUGGCAAUCUAUCGGCGAGACUGUAGACGGACCUUUUGUCCCGAAGGACAUUGGUUGGCAAAGGAAGUCAGAGUAUCCGGUUUCCUGGCGGAUUUAGAGAAAGGUAAACGAGGCGCUGCGCUUCUUUUAUCUAAAAUGCCACACGUCAUUCCUCAUUCUGAACGUGUGGUACUCUUCCGAAAACACGUUGCUAACGAGAAAGCAGUGCUGGGAUUGACUGAAAGCGCGUGUAACAGUACUCCAACAACGCUCAUUGUUGUCCAUAGAACACGUAUAGUAGAAGAUGGAUACCGUCAACUAGCAAUGUUGCCGUCUCAGGCACUGAAAGGUGUGAUUAGAGUUCGUUUCGUAAACGAGCAGGGUUUAGCUGAAGCUGGUAUCGACCAAGAUGGAGUGUUUAAAGAAUUCUUAGAGGAGAUAAUAAAGAAAGUUUUUGAUCCGUCUUUAAACCUGUUUAAAGCCACUAGCGAAAAUCGACUUUAUCCGUCUCCAACAUCCUCUAUGCAAGAUAAUCAUUUGCAACUUUUCGAAUUUGUUGGUCGAAUGUUGGGUAAAGCGGUAUACGAAGGCAUUGUUGUAGAUGUACCUUUUGCGUCCUUCUUUGUUUCCCAAUUUUCUGGGCAAACUGGAGGAGCAUUAUACAGCUGGUUAGAUGAGUUGGCUUCUUUGGAUCGUGAUUUGUAUCGAAGUCUUACUCUUGUAAAGCAUUACAAAGGUGAUGUUAAGCAAUUAGAAUUAACUUUUUCCCUUGAUGAAGACGUUUUAGGCAAAUUAGUUACGCACGAGUUGAUUCCUGGAGGACGAGCGGUGCCGGUCACCAAUGAAAAUAAAAUUAAUUAUAUACAUUUGAUGGCUCACUUUAGAAUGCAUAUGCAAAUAAAAGAUCAAACAGCUGCUUUUAUUAAGGGAUUUCGUUCCAUAAUUAAUCUCGAGUGGUUGGCAUUAUUUUCAACGCCAGAAUUGCAAAGAUUAAUUUCGGGUGAUAACGUUCCACUGGAUUUACGAGAUCUUCGAAGACAUACGCAAUACUAUGGUGGUUUUCACGAUAGUCAUCGUGUAGUUUGCUGGUUAUGGGAUAUUUUGGAGAAAGAUUUUUCUGAAGAAGAAAGAGGCUUAUUUUUGAAGUUUGUUACGAGCUGCUCCAAAUCACCUUUGCUGGGUUUCGCAUACUUAGAACCACCAUUUUCGAUUCGUUGCGUUGAAGUUGGUGAUGACGAAGAUACGGGUGAUACAAUCGGUAGUGUAAUCAGAGGAUUCUUUACGAUUCGCAAGAAAGAUCCGCAGAACCGUUUACCUACUUCAUCUACGUGUUUCAAUCUCCUUAAAUUACCGAAUUACCAAAAGAAAAGUACCUUGCGAGAGAAGUUACGCUAUGCCGUCACUAGUAAUACGGGUUUUGAACUUUCGUAAUCAACAUUUGAUUCACAGUGAACGAUGAUUAACACGAUGGCUCAAAAUACCUAACAAAAGUUUAUACAAAGUGAUUGAGUGGUGCCUGACCGCCACGAUACAAAUUGUCUGGCGAAACGUUUUUAACGAUACCGUGAACUUUAAAUCGAAUAGAAUGAAAACUUACGUAUAUUUGGAUGCAAUGUAGGCUUCUUUUGAAUCAGAACGACUCCUAGAGAGAGGAGCCAACAAACGAUAUAUCUCCGUUUUUCUCAGAGAAGUCUACUAUACUCCAAUGUACGAUAUCCGUGAAAGCGAAUUAUUGAAAUUAAAUCGAAAACUCGCACAAAUUUUAUGAGAUACUUGUUAAAGUAAUAAAUUUAACGCUUUUGUUAUUUUUAUAUUUUUUGUUAUCUCAUUUCGAUAUUAAGAGAUUCUUAGUAAAUCGAUUAUAAUUUGUAAAUAUAAUAAAAAAAUGAUCAAAUUCUCGCUCAUUGAAAUUCUCGUAAGAUUCGUUUCGUAUGUGUUAUAAUUACAAAUGAUUGCACAUUUUAUAAUUAAAGUAUCGGCUAAUUUAGGAUUUAUGUCUCAUUUUACUUCUGCAACAAUUUCGUUGAUUUCAGUGUUUAUUUAAUAUACUCUCGCCAAAUGGUAGAUUACUUAUGGUGUAAAGCACACUGUACCUCAAUGAGCUUAAUAUUGCUAAUACUUGUGCGCUUGUUAGUUAAUAGUACCGUGAAUUAAUGUUAGACGAUUAUAUUACGUAAAUCAUACGAGAUAAGUGUUAAAUGUUCGUACCCAUCGGCGCCCAGGGAGCGAUCAAGACGAAAUUUUCUAAAAUUUUGGAAUUGCUUGCAGUCCGAGAUUCCAAGAAAUUUUAAGGAGACCUAUUUUCUCAAAAUUUUAUACAUACUUUUUGAAAUGCUGUACAGAAGAUUAAAUUGAUCCGUUCAAUGAAAUAUACGUGUAUAUAGAGUGUCCACGGGCUCUUAUGGGUUCAACAAUCUCUGAAUGUCGUUUAAAAUUAAAAAUCAGUUUGUUCAGGUUGGACGAAAGUGUGAUGUUUGUUCUCCCACUUGAAUGUUUCGAGCUGAAUUUCCUGUAACUAUAUCUGCGGUCUUUCAAGCAAAAGUGGUUGUAGGAGAAAAGACGGGAGCAUAAGGACUGCUGUCUGCUGUGUUAUCUGCGAUAUAGCGAGGAACACGAUGUUAGAGUGAAAUUUAUUUUUCUCGCGAUUUACGCAUAUUUCGGCAGAUGGACUUGUAAUAUUAUCGAUGGAAAUUCGGUCAGACCAAAGAUAGAAGCCUAUUUAACGUGAGAUGAGAUAAUUCGAAAUAUAAACUUUUCAUAUUUUCCUACACGAUCGUAUGUAAGUGUUCAGGCCUGUAUUCACAGAUUGUAUCUAUAUCGACUAAGAGUAAUGAAAAAUAGCUGGGCGUUUCUAUAAAGAUAGGAUAAGUUUAAGGUUUAAUCGCGUAAUACAUAGUUGGUUAACGUGCACAAUGUGAUCUCUAGAAACAUUAUUUUGAUUAUCCAGAGCAAAAGAAUAAUAUAAUAGAAUGUAAUAAUAAUAAUAAUUUUAAUCUUUGUUAUUUAACAACAGAAUUUAAACAGAUUUGUUUUUCUCGUAGUAAUAAUUGUGAAUACAUGCCUCGUAAUUACGUGUACAAUUAAAUGAAGUAACAAAGAAUACUCUCCUUUGUGAGUAUACUUAUCAUUAAAAUGAUAUAUGUAUAUGAUAAAUGUGGAUAUCGAUACAGAUAUGGAUAUAUGGAGUAAAAUAAAUAAAACUGUUACGGUUGUAAGAUAAGACCGUUGAGUAUUUUUUGGAAGCCUACACUCGAUAAACAAUUCUUUUCAUUAUUUUAAUUAUCGUUAAAAUCGUCGUGAAAUAUUGUAAAAUACGAAAAAAAUGAACAAAAACACAAAAUACAAUCGAUUUUUUUCUUACAAUCGUAUCAGCGAGGAAAAAUACGCUUUGUAUAUUGCUGGCUUGAAUCGUUCGUAUUUCUGUAACAUUUUUUAAUAAAAAUGUAUACAUUAUUGUGAUGCAGCAAGAAG